CUUCCGGAUGUAUCACACAGUAAACAGCAGUUGCACAAUGACACCACUGUUUGCAAGUCUCGUCGUUUGCGCCUUCGCGCUCACCAUCGUAUCGAGCCGGCCAAGCGAUUUUCCCGAGUCGACGGAUCAGCUGGACGCGUGCGGACAGCACUAUAAGGACCUGUUGGCUGCCUCCACUGCCUGGCACGAGAAGACCUGCAACGGGACAUCGAAACGGGCGGCCUGUGUAGUGCCCGAGCACGAGCAGGCAUACCUGGAGCUGAAGCAACGCUGCAAGCAGGCACACGAUGAGCGCAACGCUAAGGUCAAGGAAAUUUACGAAAAGCUGCCGUCGUAUCUUGUUAACAUGACCUUGCGUGUGAAUCUGCUGAAAGAGUCGCUCCGGCACGAUCUGCCCAGCCUGCAGGAAAUGGUGAACGAGCAGAAGAGUUUGCUGGAAGCGGCCUGGAAGUAUGGUGCACAGCUGCAGCGUGAGCUGUUGCUUACCAGCAUGGAGUCGAAUCGUAUGCAGCGUGCGCUGGUACUCCAUUCGAUGCUGGUGAACGUGUCGCUGACGGAGAUGAUGCAGGAAAGCUACAAGUAUCAUGGCGGUAACAGUCGGAUGGUGGCACGCAUGCUGAAGUUCGCCCGCAAGCUCCCGUCGGCUGAUGAGCGGGUGGAGGUGUACAAGGAGCUAGCUCAGCUGCUAAAGUCCAACAACCACAACGAUCGCUAUCCGGCCAUUAUCUUCUCGCACGACGUGAAGCAGCUGGAGGAUCGGUACAAGCCAGAGCAUGCCGAGUACGAGGGAAAGGUGGUGGGACGGUGGCAAACGCAGCUGCUCGCAGGCAACUUCCACGAGGUGCUAAUGUUCGCCAAGGACUAUCCUGAGUACUAUGCGCGCAUCGAGCAGGACCUGUACACGGCGCUCAAGACCCAAUGGUCGAUGGAUGCCUUCAACAGGAUGCUGUACCUGCCGAACAGUCUGCCGACGGCCGAACAGCGUGUCGGUGCGUUCCGCGGUGUGCUCGACGCGCUGCUGGAGAACCAGGCGAAGCAGCGAAACGAUGCGUCCCUGAUGCGAUUGGCAAACGAGCUAGCGAAGCUGGAAACAACGCUGGAAGGAAGCAACGACGCUACGCGCCAAUCGCUGGACGAAGUGAAGAAUGUGUUCCAGCAGUUUACGUACACGCGCGAUUUCUCCGCCUACGCUGAGCUGUACAAGAUUUUCCGCGCUGCCCUGUAGUAGCAGUCACCACUCCCAAACUGUUGUGCUCCGAAUAAAUUGAACUUGAAGAUAUUGGUUUCAAGAUGCGUGUGCUGUAGGCACGCGCGAAAUGCAA